UAUUAUUAGCUACGGAGGCCUUACAGUAAGUGGAGGUGGUUCCAUGACGGUCAGAGCUGCAGCUCUGCAACGCACCGACACGCUUCAGAUCAGCGUUCGUAUUUUUGGCAAUGCAAUCGGACUUAUCGCACUGAUCCAGAGGACCUUUUCCUGACACAUCUGCGGUCUUCCGGUCUAUUUUCAAGCCUCGUUCACCUUUGCCUUGAAGAUGAAGUUAAACACGAGCUGCCGUCAGGUGCAAACCGCAUCCGAUGGAGCCCUGCCUUUUGUCUCCUUCAUCGACCAGCCCCAUGCAGCAGCACUUCCUUAUGUUGCGGUCCCAGCUGACAGAUUCUGAUAUGGACUAUGAGAGGCCAAACGUUGAAACUAUCAAGUGUGUGGUGGUAGGAGACAAUGCCGUUGGAAAGACCCGCCUUAUCUGCGCCCGGGCCUGCAAUGCCACACUGACUCAGUACCAGUUACUCGCUACACAUGUGCCCACGGUCUGGGCAAUUGACCAGUACAGAGUAUGCCAGGAGGUAUUAGAGCGCUCCAGAGAUGUGGUGGAUGACGUCAGUGUGUCCCUUCGCCUCUGGGAUACUUUUGGAGACCAUCAUAAGGACCGGCGUUUUGCAUAUGGCAGGUCUGAUGUGGUGGUACUGUGCUUCUCAAUCGCCAACCCCAACUCUUUAUACCAUGUGAAGACCAUGUGGUACCCUGAGAUCAAGCACUUCUGUCCCCGUGCUCCUGUCAUCUUGGUGGGUUGUCAACUGGACCUGCGCUAUGCAGACUUGGAGGCAGUGAACAGGGCACGGAGGCCUUUAGCUAGACCCAUAAAAUCAAAUGAGAUUCUUCCUCCGGAGAGAGGCCGGGAGGUGGCCAAAGAGUUGGGAGUGCCAUAUUAUGAAACCAGUGUUGUUGCUCAAUUUGGAGUCAAGGACGUCUUUGAUAAUGCUAUCCGAGCUGCGCUCAUCUCACGCCGACACCUGCAGUUUUGGAAAUCUCACCUCAGAAAUGUUCAGCGGCCUCUCCUUCAGGCGCCCUUCCUGCCACCAAAACCUCCCCCACCUAUAAUCACUGUGCCUCCUCCCCCAACAACCACAGAGGAGCAUCCAGUCGGUCUUCUGGAGGACCCACACUGUGCUGACGUCAUCCUGGUCCUGCAGGAGCGACAGAAAAUCUUUGCACACAAGAUAUACCUGGCGACAUCCUCUUCAAAGUUCUAUGACCUCUUUAUUAUGGACACACAAAAUGAGGAGACUGAAAGGCCAACUCGUGGUCCUCUCUCUGGCCGAGAGCUGCUCAUGCGUGCUGCUAGCUUUGAUGUUUGCGAGAGCAACGAUGAUGGAGACAGGGCCAACCUGAGGGCCUGCACUAGUGAUGGCACUUUGAAAGACUCAGAGGGGGGCCGGCGGGGUAGAAUGCUCUCCUCGUGGAGCCGAGCUUUCGUCAGCAUCCAGGAGGAGCUGAUAGAUGACCCUGUAACAUACAACCCUAGGCCCAUGACUGUAGUGCACAUGGACCAGUCCAUGCAGCUCGGCCCUUUCCGAGCAGUACUUCGCUACCUGUACACAGGUCAGCUAGAUGAGAAUGAGAAAGAGCUAAUGCAUAUUGCACACAUUGCUGAGCUGCUGGAGGUCUUUGAUUUGCGGAUGAUGGUGGCAAACAUACUUAACAAUGAAGCCUUCAUGAACCAAGAAAUCACCAAAGCCUUCCAUGUACGGCGCACAAACAGAGUCAAAGAGUGCUUGGCCAAAGGCACCUUUUCUGAUGUAGUAUUCAAGCUAGAUGAUGGAACGAUCAUGGCCCACAAGCCUUUACUCAUCUCUAGUUGUGACUGGAUGGCAGCUAUGUUCGGAGGGCCUUUCGUGGAGAGCUGCACCAAAGAGGUGCUGUUUCCCAACACAACUCGCAGCUGUAUGAGGGCUGUGCUAGAAUAUCUGUAUACGGGGCGCUUUUGUUCUCGGCCUGACCUGGAUGCAAUGGAGCUUAUUGUUCUUGCCAAUCGUCUUUGCCUCCCCCACCUGGUUGCACUUACAGAGCUCUACACAGUAACAGUAUUGACGGAGGCAGCGAUGAUGGGGGCUGACAUUGAUGGAGAUGUGCUGGUGUACUUGGAUAUGGCCCAGUUCCACGGAGCUCAGCAGCUCACUGGCUGGUGUCUUCACCACAUCUGCACCAACUACAACAGUGUCUGCCGCAAGUUUCCCCGAGACAUGAAGGCCAAGUCUACAGAGAACCAAGAGUACUUUGAGAAACAACGCUGGCCACCUGUGUGGUACCUGAAAGAGGAUGACCACUACCAAAGAGCACGCAAAGAGCGCGACAAAGAGGACUACCUGUACCAGAGACGACAAUGUAAACGCAAGUGGCUCUUCUGGAACCUCCCUUCCUCCCCUAACUCAAACUCUUCUGGCUCAUCUGCUGUCAUCUGACCAAGUGGUAAGACCAGGUCCACUCUGAAGUACAUCAGUGUGGAUGCGAGUUGUGAAAGAUACAAUAGAAGAUAAGCACUGCUGGCUAGGCACGCCCCAAUUAUUCAGGCACACAGUUUCUCCUCCUGUUUGUUUGCCUCUGCAGUCAAACGGCACUCCUCCAGGUUUGCAAGCUCAGCUCAAACUGGCAGUUAAAGUAAUGGGUUUUGUUCCUUAGAUUUUUAGCUUGGUGUACAUGAGACUCAAACCUCCGUGAUAUGAACCUCACUGACAAAUGGCACAGUGUAACUGGCGCAAAUAACAACUCAUAUUGAUUGUUGUAUGUUCCACUACCUGAGUUUUAUGUUUUAGAAAUAGGACUAUGCUGGCACAGAACUUUCCACCUAUGAUCAUAAUUAUCAUCAAUUAACCUGAACUAAUAACCAAGUGCUGCUUAUCAGCUGCAACAACCAGCAAUUCAACACAGAACUUCUCAGUCUCAGAGAUAUGACACUUUGCCCUUAAGUGUUUGUACAAUCUACCAAACCAUGUGUACAGUAUGAUCUCAUCAACAGGAUGUAACAAUGAUAUAGCCUGCCAGGAAUCAGUUACCGAAGUCACGCUUAACCAUGCUGAUUAUGAUCAUGUAUGCAUACAUGAAAAUACUGGAAAGUUCCACUUCUGUUAAUUUUUGUUCCGUCAUUCUAUAUUUGAAUGUUUGUGAACGGCUUGCACACCUAAACGUGAUGUGAGUCUGGACACACUCAGCAUUUACAUAUUGUGAUCGUGUGAUUUGUGGCCUCUCGUCACAAAAGGGCUUUAGUUUACAUGAAUGCAUUCAGUGUCCUGAGACACAAGAGAUCCCAAAUUAAGGAAAAUAUCUGUAUUUUCUGUAAAAUGCCAGCAAAAACAAAACAGAUCACUAUUAUUUCCUACAGUAUGUGUUGCUUGAUGAGGCUUGUUAGCACACAUGUUUCCUGAUUCCUUAAGUUGUUCAUUGAAUGGUUCCAUCAGCUUGAUCACUGUCAUCCUGGAAAGCAACACAGGAUGUAUCUCAGAGCCAAUAGCAACAUUUCAGGAGCUAAAGUGACCACAUGUACAUGACCAUCCCUCUCUGACGGUGUGUUGGACGCAUCUGUCACUGGUGGUGAUUUAGCCUUUAGAGAUUCAUCUUGUAGUUGGCUUUGUAACACUUGUACAUGCAGGAGGCUUCCUCACGCCUAGGAGAAGUCAUCCAUACUCUUCUACACCUCGAGCACUUUCUGGACUCUUCUCCACAGAGAGACACACAAGAACCUCCAGUAGCAGCAUCCUGGUAACGGCACUAUAGACAGUAUGGUCUCAUGACACGCUGCGGUAAAUGUAAAGAAAGAAACUGGGGAUAUAAGAUUAUAAUAUUUAAAAUGUUUAAAAAAAAAAAAAAAAGUUGUGAAGAGGUUAAGAUCAAAUCAUUUUUCAUGAUUUGUUUUGCACACCUCACAGUAUAUGUUCAAGAUUGUCAUCUACUGUUGUACUUGAUUAUAGGAUGGACUUGUAAGCAUGGUGCUCAGUGAAGAUGGGUAGUAUUGUAAAUUGUACAGAAUAUCAGAUGAACUGCAAGUAACUUGCAUCACUCUAACUAAUAUAGUGCACUGCAGGCAGUGAGCAGAAUCGUACAGUAUUACUGAGUAAUACAUAUACUGAAUAUAGACUUGACUUAUCCAACUUGCAUUUAGUUACUGUGCAGCUACAAACUGUUGUUGAAAAUAACUGAAUACUCAUUGUGCUGACCUCCAGUUACAUCUAUUAUAUACUGUAGUAUACAUGCAAAUUACAGGCAGUUCAAAUGAACAAUUGACUAAUAGUAAAAUAGGAUUACAGUGCAAAGUGAAGUAGACACAUGUUUAUAUAAAGGACAUUAUAAACACAUAUGGUACAUCAAACAAAAAAAAAAACACACACCAUUGUUAUGAAAAAAGUAAAUUCUGAUUGCAGUGUUUGCUUUUGCAGCAUAUGUUAACGAAAGGCUUGCUUUAAUUCUGCAUAUGAUUGGGUUAUACUUUUCCAUACGUUUUUUUGACUUGACAGAUUUUUAGAGCCCAAAAAAGAGCUAAAAACAAAUUAAGUGGUAUGAAUCAAUUCAGUGACGAAACCAAUUUCUUGCUAAUAUUAACUCCUGACUUAAUAACUAGACUGCAUGAACAGGGCUCGCCAAAAUAGAUGAAGUUCAUUCAUUGUCAUUUAAAGUGUAAGAUAUAGAUUAGUAGUGGUGCUGGUGCUCUAAGCAGUAGCUUUAAAUUGUUGUCAAUUACAUUAAUUUUUGUCUAUUGCUAAUAAGAACUGUCAUUUUGAAUAUGGUCAGACACCAGGGGAUGGGACUGUACUCUUUUAGAGUCAUCUUUAUCCUAAUUCUGAAUGUUUUAAUUUAUUAGAUCAUCUGACUAAUAAAUAAUGUCCAGUUUUUACACAAAAUAGUUUAUUCUGAUACUUUAACAGCAGGAGGGUCUAUAUUGUUAUGAUUUGCCUUGGUGGUGUGAUUGAUAAAUUUCAUAGACAUGCAUUUCAUUCCUCAGUGCAUUGCAUUUAUCAAUGAAUCUUCUGCUGAUGUUUUGCAUCAACAACACCUCAUGCCUUAAUGUACAGUGAAGUGUAUGGUAUCGAAUGUAAAGUAGUGUUACUGUGGUUACUAGUUUGUUUGCUAUUUGUUCAGUUACCAUGGUGCUCUCUAGGUUGUGUGUGUAUUUGUAAAUGUACAUAAUCCAUCAUGUAGAUGUAAAGCAAUCAAUGUAUGAUUCGGGGAGUUCGACACUGAGUAGGGUUGAUGUUCUUUUAGAGCCAUAAACACAAAACUAAUGAAAGACUAUGUCCAUUAAGGCCACACAAGACUAACAUAAUGACAAACCAUCAAUUUGUGACAUUAACUAUUAAAUUAAUGCAGGGAUUUCAAAUUUGUUUAAAUAUUUUAAAGUUGCUUUAUGCUAAUGAGCUCCAAUUUUGGAGUCUGCAUUAUUAAGAAAUGCUGAGACAUUAAGGCCAUUAGAAGUUAGAGUGUAACUCAAACGUGUAAAUAAUAAUUGUGUGAUGACUUGCAAUUCAAACUUGGCAUAGCGAUUGAUACAAGCUAUUGCAUAGUUUAACAUAGAUACUGUUUUUGUACUAUGCAUACAGAAAUGUCUGACUUUGAAACUACAAACUUGCACUGCUUUGUAGCACCAGGUUCUAUUCAAAUUGCAUUAGAGAGUAUAGCAACACCAUUAGAUAUGUAGACAACAUCAGGUAAAAAAAAAAAUAAAAAAUAAAAAAAGAUUAGAUCUUAAAUUACAAAGAAGUUGUCACUGGGGCCCUUUUCCAUAUGUUUGGGUGCUAAUAUCACGGCUGCAGAGAAGCACAAACCAAAGGGAGCUUUAGCAGCACCAGGAAUAUAUUCUAUAUGCUGCACAAUCACUACUGCAUAGUUUAAGAGGCCUUGUUCAGAAAUGGUUGAAAAUUAAAUAUAUAUAUAUAAAAUAAAUAAAUUAAAAGAAAAAAACUUGAAUGUUUUCUCAGUGUUCAAAGCCUGGAUGACUUUUCCUUAGUCAUCAGGUACUUUUGUUCUCAAAUGCUGUUUUUAUUGUUUGAGAGCUGUAAAUCUUAAAUUCUGUAGCAUGUGUUAUUGAAAAUGUGUAAAUAAUAUUUACUAAAUAAAAAAAGGAGAAACGUGCAGUUUG